AUGCUCAAAGCCAUUACUCGAUCUGCUCGAAUUGUGGAUGGUAAAGUGGCCGAGAUCAAUGGCGAGCGAGCUACACGUGCCCCACCUCAGCCUCCCAUUUCGGUAGCUUACUUCUUUGAUCACUUUGCCACUGAAGCCGACACGAGCGUUGUCGUGGCUGAGGAAGAUUUCAUGGCCGCCGAGCGUGAGCUUGUCCCUAGUGUAAGCGCCGAUGAACUAGGCCAUUACGAGCGCGUGCGCCGUGAAUUUGAAGGCGGCAAGGAGAAAGAAGAGAACGCAGCUCAACAGACAAAUGGCACAGGUGCCAACACAGUCGCACGCAGCCAGAUUGCGCAAAUGCUGCGUAUGCAAAUGCAGAGGGCGAACUCGGAAUCUGGCGGGAGCGUCAAUGGCAAAGGCAAAGGGGUUGAUCAAGAGGCUACCGACUUUGUUGAUGAAGAUUUUGUCAUCAGGACUGAUCAUCUGUCAAUGAAUGGGUCUGGCGAAGGAAAAGGCAAGGGCAAAGCGAUUGCUGAAUCUUCAGAUGGCGUACAAUUUGGAGAUGCAGCUGGUGAUGAUGAGGACAUGUACGCAUAA